AAUUAAUAAUUAAUUAGAGACUAGCAGCGAUGAAAAAAAAAACCUCUCUGGCUUAAUGGCGGAGGCCGCUCCCGAUCCAGGGUCCGGAACGGCUGCCGGCGCGCCCAUCCCGGACGCCGGGACCGGCGUCGAGACGUCAAUACGCGGCAGUGGCAUGCCCUUCAGGGAAUGCGUCGACCGGAUCAACAAAAGCCUCGACCAUCCCAAAGUGAGGUUCUUGAGGGAGCACAUGCUGAAGGCGGGUUGCCCCGUCUGGGUGCAGCUCCUCAUGCCAUUGAAUUGCAAUAGCGAAGGUUUGUCCUACGCCGGCGGCUACGUUCGUGGCAAAGGGAUAAGUGUUUGUUGCAAUCACAUGACUUUCCAAGAUGAAAUAAAUCAAGUACUUAUUCAUGAAUUGAUCCAUGCUUAUGAUGAUUGCCGUGCAAAAAACAUCACCUGGUCAAAUUGUGCUCAUCAUGCUUGCUCCGAGAUUCGUGCAAAUCAUUUGAGUGGUGAUUGCCACUACAAACGUGAAUUGCUACGUGGAUACACUAAACUACGAGGGCAUGAACAAGAAUGCGUGAAGAGGCGGGCGUUAAAGUCACUUCAACUUAAUCCAAAUUGCUCAGGAGCAGCUGCUAAGGAUGCCAUCGAGGCUGUUUGGGAUAUAUGCUACAACGAUACAUACCCUUUUGAGAGAGCUCCAUAGAUUCAUUUUAAACCUCAAACCUCCUGAAAUAACCGUUGCUGACUGCUUAUUCAUUCUGGAGUCAGUAACAUCGUGUUGAUCAUUCAGGGUGAUCUCUCGACAAAGAAAUACUUUUGAUACAGUCGAAACUACUAAUUUAUCAUUAGUUUGUUUCUUAACGACUAUCUUUUUUUUGCCAACAACGUGCACUUGUGUGUAUCAUGGCAUUUUGAGUUGGGUAAUAAUAUUAGGAAACUCUUUGCUUUUACAAUAUUGGGAUGCCAAUUACAAAUUGUUAUUCAACCCUAUUGUAAUCUUAGCAGCUAUGGGUAAAAUUUUCUUUCGACAAA